CUGGAGGCCCGUCUCAUCAUAGCGCAGCGACAACAGCCAGCAAAAGUAUCGCGGCUUCGAGUGCGCCGCUAUGGGGGCUCUGCUUUCAAUCCCGUUCCUCACCGGCGGGCUGGCCAGCAUCGGCACCUCGUGCUUGGCCGGCCUCGCCUUCUUUUGCACCUCCACCGCAGCCUCUGCUUUCUUCAAGUCGUGCAACUGCCAGUCCUCCAUCGCUACUCGCGUCGGAUUUGCGCUUAUCUUCUGCUUAGAUGCGCUGCUCGCAUGGCUCAGCUUGACGCGCUUCGUCAUGGACAAGAUCGAGGAGUGGAGCUACAGCUGGGUCAAGAUGGACUGCGCAGACCGCGAUAGGUGCUACGGCGUCUUGGCUGUGCAUCGCAUCACCUUCGCCCUGGCCUUGUUCCACUGCAUCCUCGGCCUGUCACUGAUCGGCGUGAAGGACACGCGUGACAAGCGGGCUGCAAUCCAGAAUGGCUGGUGGGGCCCCAAGGUCCUCUUGUGGCUGCUCCUCGUCAUGGCAACGUUCUUCAUCCCCAACGGCUUCUUUGUCUUUUGGGCUAACUACAUGGCUCUCAUCCUCGCGUCAGUCUUCAUCGUUGUGGGCCUCGUGCUCCUUGUCGACUUUGCUCAUACCUGGUCAGAGACCUGUCUCGAUAACUGGGAGCGGACCGACAGCAAUUUCUGGAAGUACACCUUGAUUGGCUCGACGCUCGGCAUGUACGCCAUUGCCAUCACUGUAACCGGCUUGCUCUAUGGCUUCUUUGCGGGACGUGGCUGCUCUCUCAAUCAAUUCUUCAUUAGCUUCAACCUCGCCCUUUGCGUAGUUCUGACGAUUCUAUCGAUUGCGCCUGUCGUUCAAGAAGCAAAUCCCCGCAGUGGAUUGGCACAGAGCUCAAUGGUGGCGGCGUACUGCACCUAUCUCAUCGCGUCGGCCGUUUUUAACCACGACGACAAGAAGUGUAAUCCGAUUGCGCGAGGGAGAGCUGGAGGCGCCAAGACGACCACCGUCGUGGUCGGUGCCCUCUUCACAUUCCUUGCCAUCGCCUAUUCGACCUCGCGAGCGGCUACCCAGUCCAAGGCGCUCGUUGGCAAGAAGCGCGCCGAGCGAAACGAGUACAGCUCUCCGGCCGGAUACGGGCCAUUAGCGACGCAAGAGCAAGGAGACGUGGUCACCGAACAGCCAACGCGCAAUGACAACCUGCGCAUUCAGGCUUUGAUGGCGGCCGUCGAAGCUGGGGCGAUCCCGGCGUCGGCCUUGGACGAAGAGGAGGAUGAUGAAGACGACAUUGCGGCUGGUGGCGGCGAUGGGAGGGACGACGAAAGGAAUGGCACACGUUACAACUACGCCUUCUUCCACUUUGUCUUUGUUAUUGCGGCGUGUUACACCGCUAUGCUCCUGACUGAUUGGCGAUUCGUCAAGCUCGGAGGCCCUUCCACGGAUCCGACGGAGGACGGAGCGCCCGUAGUCUCUAUCGGACGCAGCCCGACCGCCAUGUGGAUGCGUGUCGUGAGCAGCUGGCUUUGCGUGUUCAUCUACGGUUGGAGCCUGGUUGCGCCGGUGUUGCUGCCUGAUCGCUUCGACUUUGUCUAACCAUUAAUCCAUUCUGUUCUUGUUGUAUCAUAUUGUCGUUGACGUUGAAAUGCAAAUACCAAGAGAAAG